ACUCUCAGUGCCUUCUAUAUCUCUAAAAUUUGCCACACUGGUUAUUUCCUUGUUCGCAAAAAUGACUGUCACAACGGCACUAAUGACGCUUAUUGUUUACACAACGGAAUUGUAUCCCACUGUAGUGAGGACAAUAGGUUAUGGUUUUCAGUCAACAGUUGGAAGACUUGGUGCAAUUGCUGCUCCAUUACUGAUUUAUAUUAAUGGAUUUUUUCCUGGAUUGCUGUACUUUUCCUGUGGGAUUUUGAUAUUCCUGUCGGUCGGAAGUAUCAAACGUCUGAAGGAAACAAAGAAUGUUUUAUUGCCAGACUCCAUAUAAAAUUCAUCAUUGAUCCUGGUGUUCCUUUAGUUGAUAUGAGUUGAUGUUUUCAAGCCUAUGUGGAAUGAAUAUGAAAAUGAGAGAUUCUGGUGAUUAUCUUUAGAAGUAACUUAAGUUACACAUUCAAUAAUUAAACUGAAAAACAGUCGAAAUACGUAAUUUUCUAAACAUUGUACUGAUUUUAUAUUUAUCUGAGGAGUGUAAAAAACCAGAAAUGUGCUCUGCGAUCUUUGUUUUCGUGAUAUUUUAAAAUAUUGUAGAUCAGAACUUAUUGAAUUCGAAUUCUUGCAAAUGAAAUAGUAAAACAUAAAUACUGAUUACUUACAUUUCCGAGGCUACUAUAUUUUGACGCAGUCAAUUUAAAUAAAACUAAA